UGUGAGUGUGUGUCGGAGAGAGAGUAACGUUCUGACAGACAGUGAGAGCUCAGAGAAAGGAAAAGGGAUAGAGUGAGUUGUGGGGGGCAAAGGAAAACAGAUUAAAUGCUAUAAAAGAAGACUUUUUCCUUCUUUUAUUUUUGGAGCGUCUGCUGCUGCUCUGUCUCCCAGCUCUGAAUUCAGCUGACAGCACCUCAAGUCUUUGUGUUUGCUCUUUUUUUUCCUUCCUUAAGCUGAAGGAUUGACACACCAGGACCUACAAAGCGGUGACCAAGCACCUCUACGUGAAAGCUGCACUGACAGAGGCUCUGAAACACGUGCAGACUGUGUGUGGUUCAGCAAAGCCCAUGCAAGGAUUAUACCACUUCACUCUGUAAGUGAGAUGCCACCGAGGUGCAAGAAGCAACAACAAGAAUAGCAGAGAGCUUCUCCAAAUGCUCAAGAUACAGUUCUGAAGAGUUCCCACCUCCAAGUCACAACGGCAGGAUUUAAAGCCCUGGGAAUGAAAAGCUAAGGUCUGUGAGGAGAGUUGCCAGAGUGGAAGGAAAUAUAACAGCAGCCAACGGGCAGUCUAGGAAACACUUUACACCAGAACGCUCCUGGAUCCGUCUGUCGCUCAUGAGCUGUCAGAGGAACCGUCUGACCAAUCAGCAGAAGGCAGGAUUGCAUGCGGCCAGUUGGAGGGAGAGAAAUGUUGGGAAAGGUUGGGCAUGCAGCCCUGACGUUGCUGUCAUUACUGCUGCUGUGGCAAGAAGCGGCAGCCAUCGAAGUUCCUCUAGAUCCAAAGAUCCAGCAAGACUUGAAGCAGCCCCCCACCAUAAUCAAACAGUCAGUGAAGGACUACAUCGUCGACCCCAGAGAUAACACCAUCAUCAUAGAGUGUGAAGCCAAGGGCAACCCAGUGCCAACGUUCUCAUGGAGGAGGAGUGGGAGGUUGUUCAACAUUGGCAAAGACCCCAGAGUGACUAUGAGAAAACGCUCAGGAACCCUGGAGGUAGGAUUCCGUAGCGGAGGACGACCAGAGGACUAUGAGGGAGAGUACCAGUGUUUCGCCACAAAUGAGCUCGGUGUGGCCCUGUCCAACAAAAUACUGCUCCGCGUCUCCAAGGCCCCGUUAUGGCCUAAGGAAGUGCUGGCCCCGGUGCAGGUGACUGAAGGCUCCUCUCUGGUCCUACCCUGCAACCCACCACCUGGCCUGCCUCCUCCAUUGAUAUUCUGGAUGGACAGCAACAUGAUCCCCAUCCAUCAGGAUAGGAGGGUUUCCAUGGGUCUGAAUGGAGACCUGUACUUCUCCAAUGUUUUGGUCCAAGACGCUCAAAAUGACUACAGCUGCAACGCUCGCUUCAACUUCACAUACACCAUCCAGCAGAAGAACCCCUUCAACCUCAAAUUUCAGACCACGGAGCCAUAUAAUGACACAUCUUACAAUGCCUCUGAUCCCUUCGGUGGCCGCAAAGUAGCAGAAACGCCGCCGUCCUUCCUGUCUCCUGAAGGGAGUGGGAGCUCCAAAAUGGUGCUACGAGAUGAGCGAUUGCUGCUGGAGUGUAUCGCUGCUGGACUUCCGACUCCCUCCAUAAAGUGGUUUAAGAGAGGGGGAGACCUGCCAGCACAAAAGGUGAAGUUUGAGAACUUCAAUAAGACCCUGAAAAUUCUCAGUGUGUCAGAGGAGGAUGCUGGGGAGUAUGUCUGCAUGGCAGACAACCGUCUGGGCAGUAUACGCCAUUCCAUUGAUGUCCAAGUUAAAGCUGCUCCUUACUGGUUAGACAAACCCACAAACCUGGUGCUGGCCCCAGAGGAAAAUGGCCGCCUGGUGUGUCGAGCCAACGGCAACCCUAAGCCCAACAUCCAGUGGCUUAUGAACGGCGAGCCAAUAAACAAGAUCACAGAAACUCCAACAAGCGCAAACAGAGAAGUUCUCGGUGACACCAUUCUGUUCCGCGGGGUGCAGAUUGGAAGCAGUGCAGUUUACCAGUGCAACGCCUCCAACCAGCACGGCUACCUGCUGGCCAACGCCUUCGUCAGUGUUCUGGACAUGGCUCCACGGAUGCUGGGACCCAAAAAUCAGUUAAUCAAAGUCAUCAUGAACAACCGAACCUUCCUCAACUGCCCUUUCUUUGGCUCUCCUUUACCCGAGCUUCGCUGGUUUAAGAAUGGCCAGGGCAGUGGGCUGGAUGGGGGUCAGUACCGGGUCUACGUCAACGGCACCCUGGAGAUAAAACGCGCUCGAAAGGAGGAUGAGGGCAUCUACACCUGUGUGGCUAACAACAUGUUGGGCAAUGCUGAGAACCAGGUCCAGCUGGAGGUCAAAGAGCCUACUCGUAUAAUUCAAGCUCCCACGCACCAGUCAGUUUUGAGGGGCUCUAAAGCUAGCUUCCACUGUAAGGUGGUGUCGGACCCCAGCCUGCCCACCAAGGUGACGUGGACCAAGGACGGAGAGCGCCUGGAUCUGGGAUGGAGGCUGAAGAAGGAUGAAGAGUCCCUGACCAUCCCGUCUGUCAGUGAGAACGAUGAGGGAAUUUACACCUGCACUGUUAAAUCUGAGAUAGACCAGGACUCAGCCUCAGCCCGCCUCACUGUCUUAGAGGACGCCUUCCUCAACCCCUCAGUCUUUAGUGCCUUGCCUCCAGACCGUCCAGACCCACCAAUAGAUCUGGAUCUGUCAGACCCAUCAGCCCGUAGUGUUCGCCUCACUUGGAUUCCUGGGAACGACCGCAGGAGCCCUGUCACAGAGUUCUUGGUCCAGUUCGAGGAGAACCGCUGGGAGCCGGGCAGAUGGCAGGACCUGUCCUCUUUCCCCGGAGACCUCAACUCUGUCAUCCUGCAGCUUGCCCCCAAUGUCAAUUAUCAGUUCAGGGUCAUUGCCAUUAACUCAGUGGGUCGGAGUCAACCUAGUCAGCCCUCACCUCGGUACAAAACCACCGCGGCACCCCCAGAUGCCAUUCCCAGAGAUUUACGUGGUUGGGGAUCCGAUAAGGACAACAUGGAGAUCACCUGGGAGCCGCUGCGCGAUCUGGAGAAAAACGGCCCAAACCUGCAGUACAACGUGUGGUGGAGACGGAAAGACUCCGGGGACGACUGGACCAACGUGACCACGUCUGAGACCAAAUACGUUGUUCGUUACACUGAAACAUAUGUGCCUUACGAGAUAAAAAUCCAGGCCAGGAAUGAGUUGGGAUCAGGACCCGAGUCUAACAUUGUCAUUGGAUAUUCUGGAGAGGACAAGCCCGCUGAUUCACCCUCUGAGCUGCGGGUGUUGAAGGUUGGCAGCACCAGAGCAAACAUCCACUGGAAGCCUGUAGAUCUGAGUUCUGUCCAGGGGGAGUUCAAAGAGUACAGAUUGUACUACUGGCGCGAGUCCAGUCUGGUUCCAGGGCUGGUGGUGAGCAAGGAGAAGAAGACCACUGGGUUCUACACGACUGUGCCAGAGCCGUCUGGGAUUCUCAAAGACUUGGUGCCCUACUCUAAAUAUAAGAUGUUCAUGGUUGUGGCCAACAGUCGCUUUGAGAGUUUACCCAGCAACAAUGUGGAAUUCACCACUGCGGAGGGCGUUCCGGAUGCUCCCAGGUUCUUCAGGAUUAACCGCAGAAGUCUGGACACACUCUACUUGGAAUGGGACAAACCAUUAGAACCCAACGGCAUUCUAAUUGGAUACCAACUCGUAUACCAGAGAGUGAACGGGUCCAGACUGGGUCCCCAGCAGAUCGAGACGUUCCGUCCCAACGUGACACACUUCAUCCUGCGCCUGCCGGACCGGUCCGCUCGCUACAAGUUCAACCUGUCAGCGCUCACCCAGGUGGGAACGGGAGAGGUCUAUGCCGAGGAGUCGCCGCACUUUACCAAUGAAGAAAACUUUACUGAUGCUACAGAUGUAGUUGAGCUUACGGACGCCACCCUGUCUUCUGUUUUCUCUCCUACUCCCACUCCUCUUCCUCCCCUUCCUCCUACUACCAUUCCUCCCACAACAAUUAGUAUCACAACUCCUACCCCUCCUCCAACAACCCCUCCUACUACUACCACUACUACUACCACUGAGGCAACUACACCCUCCACAGUUCCUGUGCUGGUCACCACCAAACGAGUUGACCAGAAUGUCUUGGUAAUCCCUCGGCGGGAGAUCUGGAAUCUGACGGUGGUCCCCAACAGUUACUACGCUAACGUCAACUGGAGUCACAACUUCCCAGCUGACAGCAAGUUUGUUCUAGAGGUCACUCUGGACAGCAACAAGACAGUGACAGUUGAAGAGGUGAAACAGCCGCCCGUUAAUCUGAAGGCUCUGAUCGCUGGUGAGAAGUACCAUCUGAGGGUUUACUCCCAAGAGCUCAACAGUGUCAGCAGCAAAUCUGUCACCUUUAAAACUAAAGCAGCUCACAUAGACCAGGUAGACAUAGCCACUCAGGGCUGGUUCAUUGGCUUGAUGUGUGCCAUUGCCCUCAUUAUACUGAUCCUCCUCAUUGUCUGCUUCAUCAAGAGGAGUCGUGGAGGCAAAUACCCAAGUCCCGGCUUCUUGACUGGUUUCACAAAAUACCUCGUUCGUGACAAAAAAGAUCUUCCCCUGGAUCCAGUGGAUCAGAAAGACCAGGAUGGAUCCUUUGAUUACCAAAAUGGUUCAUCUGUCCGCGACAGGAACGAAAAUGAAAACAGCAGCGACGAGGACAACAAGCCUCUGCAGGGCAGCCAGACUUCGCUGGACGGCAACGUGAAGGAGAGCGACGACAGCCUCGUGGACUACGGCGAAGGCGGCGAUGGCCAGUUCAACGAGGACGGCUCCUUCAUCGGCCAGUACACGGUGAAGAAGGACAAGGACGAGACGGAGGGAAACGAGAGCUCCGAGGCCACCUCUCCUGUCAACGCCAUCUACUCGCUGGCGUAGUGGAGCGGAGCCGCUGCAGGACUCCCCAACGCCCUUCCACACCUCACCGUACACAAGACACACACUUGAUUAUACGAGUAUCUAAACACGGUACACGCAGAAACGCAGGAGGCUCUGUCUGGAGACUAAACAGGCUGUCCUCCGUAGAAAUAAAGACGAACACGGGGGUGGGAGGGUGGGUAAGCUUAGAUCACAAGCCUUUAAUUUUCCGUUUCUUGGCUCUGAUUACAUGAUCUGUCGGAGGCGAUCGUUGGACGGAGAGGAGAAGUCGUCUCCGUAGCGCCUGCUCGUCUGCUCUUCACCCAUGCAAAACUUUGAAGUGUGCCUUCAGUGGCGGCUUUGGAUGCAUCAGCAAGCAGUCUUGGUUUCUUUUGUUGGGUUUUCUGUCUCCCCCUCCCACCCUAUCAUUUUGCCGCUGCUCUGCCUGAGAUGCUCCUCUGAAUCUGAAUCCCUGAGUCCACUCCGACCCCAUCCUGUGACAUAUCAGCCUCUCACCGUUAAUCUGAACAAGAUGCUGGCAGAUAUGUUUAUCAUAUUGAUACUUACUGCGCAGUGAACGAUUUUCUUUUCUUCUUUUUUUUUGUUUUCCACAGCUGGUAGAUGAUGUAUUGAAUCCUAAUAAAUGCUGUACACAGUCCUGGCACACAUUUUAGUGCCCCUUGAAACUAUGCACAACCUCCAUAACAUUUUGAGUUUAAUCUGGUAUAUGAAAACAUAACAUUAGGUUUCUGUUAGCCAUCUUAAAUCUGAAACCACGUGUUUUUAUUGACAUGUUCGUCUCCAAUGUUCAAUCCAACCUUUUAAUGUCUUGUUAUAAAAAAAAGAGAGAGAGAGAAUCCAGCACCUGCACAGGCUUCAGCCCCUCUUGCAUUCUACUGUAAAAAAAAGUCCAUCUUUUGAAUAAUAAUGAGAAAAAAACUAAUAUUUUGGAGCAUGAUAGUAAGACAUGUGCACUAAACAGAAAUGGUAGUUUUAGCAAGAAACACCAAAAUAUCAAACCCAGUUAACUCCCUCAUAAGCAAGCAAGCCACCACCGCUCUGUUUCUUUGUUGCCAUGGCGCCUCACUUUUUUCUUUAUUUAUUUUGAGUUCAAAGUUGUUGCACACUAUUAAUAAAACAUCAAAAUCUGUAGCAACAACAUUUGGGUUCAUGACAGAAAAGGGAAUAAAAAUCUGCAUCACACACACCCACACACACACACACCCACACACACUCACAUUGGACAUUUUAGACGGUGAAAGCAGACUUUAAAUUCUCCCUGUGGACGAAAAACCAAGGUGUGUCCAGAUUUAAAGUGGGUUUAUGCUGCUUACAUCCUUUGGUUUCGCCUUACAGCCAACAGUCAGAUGUUUGUCUCCACUAUAAACCAAGCAAACGUCAAUGAAUGAGAUAUUGUCACAUCACCACGACAUUUAAAAGCAGAUAAAAAUUGUGCAUUUAUUUGCCUUCACAUGACCUGUAAAAUCGUUCAUGUUUUGUCUUAACCCAACUGGAUGAACAAAUCCACACCUUUGCGUUUUUCUGCCAUUUGCUCCUCUUUGCAGAGCCUUUAUGAUAAGUCAUUUGUUCUCAUGCUACUAUUAAAGUAGAAGUUUUACAGUACGGUCAUAAUUAACUGAAUCGCUUUAAAAUGACAUAUGCUAAUAUGUUGUUUUUGAAGAGGAAGGCUCAGUAUUUUACAUUUGUCCAAGCUGAUUGGUCGAUUCAGUGUACAGUAAGAAAACAAAACAAAAAAAAUCCCCAGUAGGAAUAGUUUUGGUUCCUAUAUUGAUUACUUACCAAAUUAUUUAUCCAAUGCAUUACUUUAUUUUAGCCCUCAAGAGUGUUGCUCCUUCCACUCAAUGGCACUAUCUGAGGUUACGUUCACACAGCAGGCAAAGGCGACCCAAAUUCGACUUUCCCCCUUUUUUCCCCCCUACAUAUGACCCAUAUCCAACAGUUUCAGACCGAACCCGAAAAAAUCUGAUCUGUUCCACUUCCAUAUGUGGUACUGAAUCACGUACGUAUCCAAAAGUUUUCAAGAAGCAUCGGCGGUGUGAACCGUCGCGUCGCAUUUUCUCUGACUUUUACGUCAUUGAUUCGAGACGUGCGUCGUAACGCUGCACCAAAAGAAGCAGCAGCUCUGGAUGUAAACAAUGUCUGGACAUUGUAAUCCUGAAAGUUCUCGUCUUGUCAUGACCUUGUGACGAUGCUGUCAGCUCCCACUGCUGGAUAAACGUUCAGAUUGAUCCACAGACCGCUCCGUCCAUUGUUACUGCCGUAAACAGAGCGCUGCUCUGUGACGUCUGCGUUCUUCUUCUUCUCCUGUGAGUCGCGUUGGGAUUGUAAACCGUUCAAGUAGAAGUCGAUUGUGGUCAGAUUGAGUUAGUAAUAUGAAUUAAAACAGAAUAAAUAAAUAAAUGGAUUUGAGUAUCUAGACCUGCUGUGUGAACAUAGUCUAGCUCUUCAAUGAAUAACAGAUUUUUUCAUUUUUUAGUUAGCUUGGAACUCCAUGUAAAUAUUUAAUUUAAUUUAUAUGUCUAUUACAGAAAUAGUAUUAAUAUUAAUUCUACAUCAUAUUCAUAUUUAAUUUAAAAAUAAAACACACAUUUUUGCCUUUUAUGGUGGCUGCAUUUCAUUGUCAGAAAUAGAAUCACACCAAAACUUAAAAACAACUUUAGAAACAUUUUGGCCUUUCGGAAACAGACAUACACACACAAAACAAUAAAUAAACAAAAUGUCGUUUUUAAUAAAUCAAAACAGCCACAUUUCUGUCUGUUGUUCUGCUCCUGUUGUCACCAUCAUGUUUUUUUUUUUUGCUGUGUGUUUAUGUAAUAUAACUCCACCCACUGUACAGAAAAUCUCUAUUCUUAUUUACUGUUUGGCAGUUAUUCUGUACAUGCAGGUCCUGGAAGAAGAUCUCCGACCAUUUUGUAAAUAAUUAUUGUUUCUUCCCCUUAUAUGUUCUUAUCUAGAAAGACAAAGUCACAUGUUGGUAUCCCCAAGGCAUCUCUAGCCUGUGACAGAUUACUUCGACUCUGUUGUGUUUGAGAUCUGUGAGGCAUGCUGCACCUGUGUGCACCUGAUGUGAACUUUCUCUCUGCGUCGCUGCCUUUACAGAGCCAUCCGGCACUGUCAGGCAAAGCAGCAAGGCAUCUCCCUGGCCUUUGAUUCAAUCAAAUAUCUAUUUGGAAUUAGCACAAAGAUUUGCGUUCAUCAGCAGUCCUGAAUGACCUCGGACUGAUUUUACUUGGGGAAAGUCCUUCAUCUUCUUCCAGGAUCUCAUUUGAAAGCCGCAAAGCAAUGUUUGUAUGUGCAGCCAUGUUGUUGUCACUUUACUCUGUAAAUGUUGGUAGCGCACAUUCUUCCCGUUCGUGCGGGUCAGUUGGUACCUUUUCGGACAAUUGAUUUCGUUUUCAUCCAAUUGUCACGAGAAUUUUGAACAAACUUUUAAAUUUGCAAAAAAGAAAUUAAAAAGAAAAUGCGAAUGAGGCACAUAUCCAUCUACAAGUGUGGAACGAAGCAACCAAAUUGUGCAAACGUAAUGUUGGACUUAGACAUUUUUCCAGGUUUUGUGCUUCUUUAAGGCACAGACCCUCCAUCCCAGGAGGCAAGGUUCACUACGUCAGAACUUAUUCAGCAAAUGUCUUCAUGCACAUUCAGCAUAUCUACUUUAGCGCAUUGGCCUUUUUUCCCCCCUCCCCAGAAAAGCCAACAGCCAAAAAUGUUUGCAAAAUUGAGGAAUUUAUUUUUUCAAAUUUUCUAAUGCAAUGCUUCAAAAUGUGUAUAAAAAUUGUUGAUGGAAAAACGGCCACUGUUUGCAAAUCUUUCCUUCAACUACAUACUAAAGGUUCUAAAAUUAAAUGUCAUUUUUUAAACUGUUAUGCUAAUCAGUGUUAUUUAGUUGGUUACCUACCCGAGCCAUCAGCAUAUCUCGUGAUCUGAAUUGCUACAACAGAACGUGUUCCGGCUCCAAUGCUUGUUCAGAGUUGUUAAUAAGACUAAGAAUAGAACAGGGCCUGCUGGCAAAUUGCGUAACAGCCACCAAUGAGAAUUUUUGCACAUAAUUUCACUGUUUGUGUUCUCUAGCCAAUCACACAAUCAGGAAGUUCUUCCAGAAACCUUUGAGAAGGUUUCCUGUAAAAACGAUCCGUGCAUGUGCAGAACUGUGAGGAGGUGAUCUUUAGACUAAAACACAUUGCUCUAACAGGCUGCCUUCCUCAUUCACCCUCACUUCAAAACAAAAUAAAAUCCACAUUAUUCCAUUCUGAAAUCCAUUUUUUCCCCCUCUGUCUUUGUGAAAUUUUAAUGAGUUGGAUGAAGUCUUGGAUGCCAUUGUUCUGUAGUGUAUUGUUGCUUUAAACUGACAUGUUGACAAGCUUGAAACUGGAGCGGCAGCAGAAAGGAAGGAAAGGGAAAGCAGUGAAGGAUCCAGCUUGGAACUUUCGUCCUUUUUUCCCCCUCCUCUUCAAGAUGUAGUCUGGAAACGCUCAUCUUGCUGCAUCUGCUUACAUGUUCCUUCCUGAGUCGACCCCAGGGGCAAAAAAGUAAACCGGCUUCAAAACCGAGCAACAAUCUGCACAUUCCUCUAUUCUUAGUUUGGUUCUCUCCCUCCACCCCCCCGUCCCCCGAUUUGUUACACAUUCUAAAAGAAAAUGUCAAUUUCUUUUUUUUCCCCCUUCCUUUCCAAAUGCUUCAAACUUUAGAAUACACCUUUGAUUCUGGGUUUUGUACAUGACUGAUCACAUGAUGUAUGGCUUUUUAUGAACUGUCAUAUUUGCAUCUCUCUUUUUUUUUACCUACCAUGUGCGUCACAGCAGCUUGUUAAAGUCUUGCUUCAACAUGCAAAGUAAAGCGUUUGUAAAGUACUCAAGAAAAAAAAAGUAUACUCACCAUAUAUGCGUGUAUGAGAUGUUGCAACUUCUGCUAGCAACAACUUCUUUAUAGUAAAGCUAUCUCCUUUUCUCUA